UCCUUGGCGCUGUUCUGGCCGCCGGCUCCGAUCUGCGGAAGCCAUGCUACCCAACACCGGGAGAUUAGCAGGAUGUACAAUUUUUAUCACAGGUGCAAGCCGUGGCAUUGGCAAAGCAAUUGCAUUGAAAGCAGCCAAAGAUGGAGCAAAUAUUGUUAUUGCUGCAAAGACCACCCAGGCACACCCCAAACUUCCAGGCACCAUAUAUACUGCUGCUGAAGAAAUAGAAGCAGCUGGAGGAAAGGCUUUACCCUGUGUGGUUGAUGUGAGAGAUGAACAGCAGAUCAGCAGUGCAGUGGAAAUGGCCGUGGAGAAAUUUGGAGGAAUCGAUAUUUUGGUGAAUAAUGCCAGUGCUAUUAGUUUGACCAACACAUUGGAAACACCAACGAAGAGAGUGGAUUUAAUGAUGAAUGUCAACACGAGAGGCACUUAUCUUACGUCUAAAGCUUGUAUUCCUCAUUUGAAAAAAAGUAAUGUUGCCCAUAUUCUUAAUCUCAGUCCACCACUGAACCUAAAUCCAUUGUGGUUCAAACAGCACUGUGCUUAUACUAUUGCUAAAUAUGGUAUGUCUAUGUGUGUGCUUGGGAUGGCAGAAGAGUUUAAAGGUGAAAUUGCAGUCAACGCAUUAUGGCCUAAAACAGCCAUCCAUACAGCUGCAAUGGAUAUGCUGGGAGGAUCCGGCGUAGAAAGCCAAUGUAGGAAAGUUGAUAUUAUUGCAGAUGCUGCAUAUUCCAUAUUUAAAAAGCCCAAGAGUUUUACUGGUAACUUUAUUAUUGAUGAGAAUAUUUUAAAAGAAGAAGGAAUACAAAAUUUUGAUGUCUAUGCAAUUAAACCAGGCCACCCGUUGUUACCAGAUUUCUUCUUAGAUGAGUUCCCAGAUUCAGUCACCAAGAAGACGGAAUCAAGUGGUGCUACUCCAGAACUGAAAGAAGAGAAAGCGAAGUUAGCACCCACACCAGGUUCUGGAGCUGUGGAAGAAACAUUUAGACUUGUGAAGAACUCACUAAGCGAUGACAUUGUGAAGACUACUCAAGCUGUAUACCUGUUUGAGCUGUCAGGUGAAGGAGGAGGAAAGUGGUUUCUUGAUCUAAAAAACAAGAGUGGGGAUGUUGGCUCCGGUGAACCCUCUGACAAGGCAGAUGUGGUGAUGAGUAUGUCUACUGGAGAUUUUAUAAAAAUGUUUUCAGGGAAACUAAAACCAACAAUGGCAUUCAUGUCAGGAAAAUUGAAGAUCAAAGGAAACAUGGCCCUUGCAAUCAAAUUGGAGAAACUAAUGAGUCAGAUGAAUGCCAAGCUGUGAAGAAAAAGAGAAAAAUAUGUUGAUGGCGAAGCUGAAAAAGUAAAAGGGUGCAAGAGUUAAAAUCUAAUGUUUGUUUUCUUCCCUAAUGUAUUAUAAGGAUAUGCAUGUUUGUUUGGAAAAAAAAGAAUUUUGUAUCUAAAGACUUAAAAUUAUAAUUAAAACAACUGACUAAUCAAACAUAGCUUCAUUAAAUCUAAUUCUAAGAU